UGGAGUCAACUCUUUGAUAAUCUCUCUGGCACACAAAGCUCUGUGAUAUUCAUCCUCCCCUAAUUCCUAUGGAUUCUUCACGUUCUCUAAUUUGUAGCUGGGUAGCUGCAAUCAGUUUCCUCACGAUUUUGGCUACGUUGUUGUUUAUGGUUUACAAAAAAAUCAGAUGUGUAACUGCUUCUUCUUCACCUCCCAAUUGGAAACACCAUGUAUACCAAAGCUACUGCGAACCGAGUCUAGACUUACUUGAGAUGGAACCGAGUCUAGACUCAGAUGAAGGGAACAUGGACAACUGUGAAUCAGAGCAGAGGCUGGAAGCGUUUAUUUCACGGUUUAACUCGGAACUUGGGAAACAGAGGCAAGAGCAUAUCAUCACAAACGAAGAUUUAAAGGAAAAAAUAUAUACAAGUGAAAGAGCUUCCCAAGGAUCAUCUAGUGGAGGACUACCCGCGGUCUACAUUUAUUGCGCAAAUACAUUACAGUACUCCUUCGCUAGCCACCUCUCCAUGGAUUUCCACAGAAAGUGCAUUUAUGCAUCUGCAAAUAGCAAUGUGAUGGAGGGAGCUAGCGCUUCUGUGGUGGUUUUAUCGAAGAACUACUUGUCCUCCCCCUCAUGCCUGGAUAAGCUCGUGAGGGUUCUUCAGUGCAGGAGGAAAAGCGGCCAGCUGGUGGUUCCAGUGUUCUAUGACAUCAGUCCAUCUAAUGUGGAGGUGCAGAGCAAGAUCGAUGAGAAGAUUGAUUAG